AUGGACAAAUUCGACAGACAGUUGCGAUUAUGGGGCUCUCAUGGACAGUACGAACUUGAGACUGCCAAGGUGUGCGUUAUUGCGUGCUCUGAUCUUGGAACCGAAAUAUUAAAGAACUUGGCACUGCCAGGAUUAAAACAAUUAACAUUCAUACAAGUGAAAGCGGCCAAUGAUGUUGGCGGCCAUAACAGAUUUUGGAAUCUGGCAGAGUGGAAUGUCACGGAGAUUAUUUGGGAUACUCCUAAAAUGAGCCACCAAAAUUUUUGGGAUGGUUUUUCCCUCGUUAUCGUGGCUUCAGGGAAGCCGGAAAUUUGGACUACCCUCAAAAAUGUCCAGGUGUCUCGAAUGCUGGUGUGCCGCACAUUGGGAAAUAGAGGGAUAUUAUCCUUCGUUUCACGAGAGCCACACUUUGUAAUAGAAUCUCACCGACGGCAUAAACUCCCAGAUCUUAGGUUAGACCGCCCACGCAAAAAGUUGACGCAAGCUUAUCAAGCCUUGCCUCGAGAAGACUCAGAGCUAACAAAGCUGCCCUAUGCAGCUCUUUUAUUUCGAGUUAAAAAAGAACUUAUUGAUGAAAAAUUGGAGGUAAGUCGUGAAGCAUUAAAAAGCAAACUAACUGCUCUACAGAAUAGGUGCGCAUCAGCCCAACAAGCUACAAACCUGGUAGAAGCCCAAAGACAUUCUCACCUCCUACUUCAAAAUUCACAGGUCUUACCGGAAAAUGUGUUGCACUGCCUUCAGCUCAAAGAUGAACCCUGUCAGGUUAACUUUAAUAAAACCACCAAGGUCUUGAUUCAAGCUCUAGCCACCUACUUAAAAAUUCCUUACAGCGAUGAGCAACUCCCACUUUCAGGUACAAUCCCGGAUAUGGAAUCUUCUUCUGAGCAGUACAACCACUUACGCCAAGCGUAUGCGGCCGCUGCAGAAGAAGACGCAGCGGUGUUUCGACAACUAGUCACAAAGGAAUCUUCUAGCAUCCCUCUAGACCAAGUCAAUGCCUUUUGCAAAUAUGCUCAUUAUAUAAGAGCGGUAGAACCACUUCAAACACUCGAGAGGCUUGAAAUAGACAGUAAGACAUGCUUAUCAGCACAAGAUAUUACAGUCCCAGCGAAUUUGAUUGCAAUGCCAACCGCAAUGAGCGACGAUAAUGAAUUCCAAAGAACUGACUAUCCUACCGUUUCCUUCAUGGCUGGUGUGGCAGCACAAGAAGCUGUGAAGAUCCUGACGCAUCAAUUCGUACCCAUCGAGAAUUUGCUAUUUUACGAUGGGGAGUCCAACAAAGUUUGCCACUUCAAAUUAUAG